CUCUCCCUUGUGCCAUGUGUGUGAGGCCCGACGGGCGGUCGGGCAGUGGCCGGUUGUGACUCGACUCAGCCAUUUUUCCCUGCCGCGUUGCGCGCAUUGGCGAGCGUGCCGCUUCCUGUUGCUGGCAGGGCAACGCACCAGCUCAGUGCUGCAGAGAGACCCUUGGUGCUGCUCUCCUUCCCAGCACAAGAGAGCAGGCGAGCAUGAAGUCUCACGAGGGAGAGCUGGUGAGGGAGAUCUCCAAGCUGCAGGGCAUCGUGUCGGAGCUGAAGGCUGGCUUCUCGCGGGCGCUGCUGGAGCUCAGCCACAUCCAGCACGGGGACAGCCGACUGCAGAGCCAGCUGCAGGAGACCCAGAGCUGUUGCCACAAGCGCGCCCUGCACCUGGAGGCCAUGGUGCAGUCUCUCAGGGAAGAGCUAGAGGAGGUCCGUGCUCAGAUUAGGCUACUAUAUGGCGACCGCUUCAAACCAGACCAGGAGUCAAAGACGCCACAGUCUGCUGAAGCCCGUGCUCAAGGGUCAGGGGUCACACAGGGAGACAGUGGGAGCGGGCACAGCUCAAACAUGUGCCAGCGUGAGGAUGGAGGAUGCCAGUGCCAGUCUAGCGGGAGCUCCGCAUCUGUGUCGUCCACUGCGUCUCUGAAGGCAGGUCUGCUGCUGCACUGCUACCUGCAGGGCCUCCGUGCGGGCCAGUGCCUGAGCACAGACGGUACAGUCAGUUGUCAAGUGGUGCCCAUGUGUGUGAGGGUUCCUCAGGCUGUGAUUGGUCCCUGGGGAGGAGAGGUGCCACGCCCCUGCUCUCUUGAGGGUAGGAGGCAGCAGGUAAUUGUGCAGUUGUUGCAGUCGGAGUGGGAGUACGUGUCCAGCCUGGGCCAACUCUAUGACAAAUACAAAUCCCCACCUGAACAGGCCAGUGACGUGGAGCCACAUAAGGUAUUUCUGAGACAUGUGGAGCAGAUGCUGCAGCGCCACCUAGUGUUCAGAAACGCCCUGGAGGAGAGGCUGGCUGCAGACCAGUGGAGGUGUCUAGUGGGGGAUGUAUUUAGCAAACUCACAGGCCAUGGAGAGGCAGCGUUCUCCGAGGCGUAUCUGGGCUACGUGUCCACUCUGCCAACCAUCCUCAACGCAGAGAUCAGCAAGGUACAGCCAGGAGCAAAGACUCACAACACCCAGGGUUGCCAGGAGAAGAAAGAGGGGGCAGGGCUUAUAUCAUUACUGUUCUCACCUGUCUCAAGGAUCCACAGCUACUUGAGCAUCAUACAGAGCCUUCUCGACUGGACAGGGGGAGACCACCCUGAUCGCCAUCUGCUUGUGGACACCCAGAUAAUACUGGGGCACAUCCGUUCCCGUGGCCACACGAUGCUAGAGCAAGAUGUCCAAUCAGAUGAGAGCCUGGCUGCAGAUACAGGAUUAAGGUGUGAGAUUCCAAGUCCUGAUUGCCCUCCGUCAGCCUUCACCAAAUACUCUCCCAACUCCAGGGACACUCUGACACGCUCGCAGACUCAUCGCCAGGACAACCAGCCUGCCAACUCACACCAAUGCCACCCUGUCCCCAGCCCUGCCAGCUGGAACCAUGUAUCUACGUCACUGGGUUGCUCUGCGUGGACCCUCCCGCCUGAUGCCACCCCAGUGCGGGUACCAGGGCCGGGCGACGUGCGGUUUCUCCUGCACCCCUCCGAUCCGGGCGCUGCCACAGACAGUGACCCGGGACAGGGCCCCUCCUCGCAGCCACUGGGGAAGAGAGUAUACAACACUGAUGCCUAUCACAUCAACAGGCCCCAGGUGGAUUUUGAGACGGACCCGGAGGAACUGGGCGAGGCGUCGGUUUUCGACUACUCCUCCGUGACGACCUGCAGCCCCGACGACACACUGGAGCUCCACGGCAACGGCCUGGAACAGAGCAACGGCACGGAGGAGAGCCGGGGCGAGGAUGAGGAGGAGGAGGAGGAAGACGAGGAGGACAGCCAGAUCCCAGUGCUGCUGAAGCCGUCUUACACGCUCCCCCGCAUGCAGCCCUCCAGCCAGAGACCCCCCCUCUCCCAGAGGGUGGUGCAUCAGGAUGGGGCAGUCUGCACCAGGUGGCAGAUCCCCCGCGCAGCGCCCAACCCCCCCACACACACGCAGGCGCAUGCGCAGAUGCAGGCAGGAGGGCAGGUGUGUAUGACGUCAGGCGCCGGGGAGAGGAGAGAGAGACGUAUGAAGCUGCAGCGGCAACCUUCCAGAGCAUUCCGUCCCAUCUGGGACCAGCCCUAUAGGCAGGGAGAUGAGACUCCUGACAGAGACCAAUCACAACCCCACAGAGGAGUGACAUCACAGGGCCAUUCAGGUUCCAAUCCACAGCAGGACAGAAACGGAGUGAGGUCUUCGCUGUAUGGCACUGGGGGCAGAGGCACUCCUGGGACUACACUGAGAAAUCCAAAUGUUUGGAACGAGAGCGAGGACAGCGAAGGACCUUGCAGCACUGUCUAACACACACAAACACACAGUCAUCAUGACUCAACGCUUUUUCUUCAAUGCCUUUCCUUUGGCGUUGACACUUCUGACAUUUGACAUGAGUAAGCAGAUUCAUUCAGGGACACUCAGAUCCUAGUGGGACCCCAUAGCCUCAUAACUUGACACUAGGAGUUUUUGCCAUUGGGAAAGCGAGAUCUUAUAAAACACAUGUAAUAUGUUGGUGCUCUACUCUCAGCUGUAGAUGCUGUGUCCGGACGAGCCUGGAUACCAGUCCCUAUAUUAUGGACGGCUCUUCUGUUUUUGACAACACACGGACUGAUGUGGGCACCUUUAAGUUCACCCCACUCAUCCACAGUGCCAUUGCUUCAGAUGAGUUGAUUGGUUUGAGUUGGUCUGAGCUUUAAAGGUGCAGUCCUCGAUCCUGGCGAAAGAUUGAUAUUUGAACUCAACAGUCAGUAUAAUACACCCCUUCCCUUCAGUGCUUCUGAAGCAACAUUGCUGAUUGGCUGGAAUAGUGUAUGGCUCGAUCUGAACCACUUUCUUCGUUUCCCAUUUAUAGUUUUUUCGAGCACACACACACACAGAACAGACAGCUAGAGGACUAUGACGAGGACACACACAGAACAGACAGCUAGAGGACU